UAUAUAUAUAUAUAUAUUCAUUUAUUUUCUGUCUCAGGUUGAUAUCCACAGCACACAGCGACACCCAGAGACUCCCGUUAACGUAGCAGGAUUCCACUUCCCCUCCAAGAAACAUGUGGACAGGUUGGACGUCCAACAGACGGAGACAUCAAAUGGUGACGAGUUCAACAGCUUCCAGUUCUGGAGAGAACCGCUACCGUACAUCGAUAGAGACCUGCUGGGUCUACUGGAUCCUGUGGAGGUUUUAAACCCAAAGAUCAAACAGAACCAGACGAGCACACAGACGUCUUCUGCUGACGAUGACGAGUUCAACACUUUCCAGUUCUGGAGAGAUCCGCUGGCGUCCAUCGAUGAGUGUCUGCUGGAAAUACUGAAAGUGGACAACGUCUCCACAUCAGAGAUCAGGUUGGACAUAUCGCUGCAGACAGAGGACCAAUCAGACGAAGACAAAGAGAAUGAGCCUGAAGACCACGAUGAUGAUGAAGAUAAUAAUGAUGAUGAUGGAGGAGGAUGGAUCACUCCUGGUAACAUCAAACAGGUGAAGAUGGACUCUGCUGAUUGGACGGCUCCUGCUGAUGUCCAAGUGGGAUGUCUGACCACCGACUUCGCCAUGCAGAACGUUCUCAUUCAGAUCGGUCUUCAUGUUCUGUCUGUUAACGGGAUGCUGAUCAAACAGGCGAGGAACUACAUCCUGAGAUGUCACGCCUGCUUCAGGACCACCAGCAUCAUGAACAAAGUGUUCUGUCCUCACUGUGGAAACCCAACUCUGAAGAAACUCGCUGUGACGGUCGGAGAGGACGGAAAUACCAAGAUGCACUUCUCUAAGAACCCCAAAGUCCUGAACCCAAGAGGGCUGAGGCACCCUCUACCUCGGCCUCAUGGAGGUAAACACAGCAACAACCCUCAGCUGGUGGAGGACCAGAGCUUCCCCCAGCAGAGACUGUCCCGUAAAGCCCGUCAGAAGACCGAUGUCCUGGACCCGGACUACGAGGCCGGAGGGUCCCCCUUCUGCCAGAAUGACGUCUACAGCCGAGCCGCCAACCUGCAGAUCAGAGACGGGCGCUGCGGUGGCGGCAAGAGGCGGAGCAACCCAAACUCCGCCCACAAGAAGUUUGUGAAGAAGAAGUGAGCGAUUGAUUUGGACUCCUGAAGACCAGGACCUGGAGGACCUCCAGGUCCAAACUGAAGAACGAAGAAAAUACAGAACGGUCCUUUAAACAGAAACUUGUCACAUUAAUAAGGUUUAUGUAUCGAAUCUACUAUAAUAAAUAUGAUCUCAUGAC